CACCAAAGGACUCACACAGGAGAGAAACCUUUUGAGUGUUCUUUCUGUGGGAAAGGUUUCAGUACCAAUUCCAACCUUAUUAGUCACCAGAGGCUUCAUACAGGAGAGAAACCCUUUAAAUGUCCUGAUUGCGGGAGAUGUUUUAGUACCAAUUCCAUCCUGGUGAUACACCAGAGAAUUCACACAGGGGAGAAACCCUUUGAAUGUCCUGAUUGUGGGAGAAGUUUCAGUCGGAAUUCCAGCUUGGUUCAACACCAGAGGACUCAUACAGGAGAGAAACCCUUUGAGUGUUCUCACUGUGGGAAAGGUUUCAGUACCAAUUCCAACCUUAUUAGCCACCAGAGACUUCACACAGGAGAGAAACCCUUUAAAUGUCCUGAUUGUGAGAGAAGUUUCAGUCACAACUCCAGCCUGGUAAUACACCAAAGGACUCACACACCAGAGAAACCGUUUGAAUGUCUUGAUUCUGGAAAAUGUUUCAAUCUGAAUUCCCAUCUUAUUAAUCACCAGAGGAUUCACACAGGAGAGAAACCCUUUGAAUGUCCUGAUUGUGGGAAAACUUUCAGUAAGAGUUCCCACCUCAUUAGCCACAAGAGGAUUCACACAGGAGAGAAACCGUUUGAAUGUCCUGAUUGUGAGAAAAGUUUCAGUACCAAUUCUAGCCUAUUGAUGCAUCUGAGAACUCAUACAGGAGAGAAACCCUUUGAAGGACUCACACAGUGUCCCGAUUGUGGGAAAUGUUUCAGUCAUAAUUCCCACCUUAUUAAUCACCAGAGGAUUCAUACAGGAGAGAAACCCUUUGAAUGCCCUGAUUGUGGGAAAAGUUUCAGUACCAAUUCCAGUCUAGUGGUACACCAGAGAACUCACACAGGCGAGAAACCCUUUGAAUGUCCUGAUUGUGAGAAAAGUUUCAGUAUCAAUUCCAGCCUGGUGGUACACCAGAGAACUCACACAGGCGAGAAACCCUUUGAAUGUCCUGAUUGUGAGAAAAGUUUCAGUACCAAUUCCAACCUGGUGAUGCACCUGAGAACUCACACAGGAGAGAAACCCUUUGGGUGUCCUGACUGUGGAAAAUGUUUCACUAAAAAUUCCAACUUGGUUCAACAUCAGAGGACUCACACAGGAGAGAAACCUUUUGAAUGUCCUGAUUGUGGGAACAGUUUUAGUAAGAAGUCCCACCUUAUUAAUCACCAGAGAACUCACACAGGAGAGAAACCCUUUGAAUGUCCUGUUUAUGAGAAAUGUUUCAGUGAUAAUUCCAGCUCGUGAUACACCAGGGAAGUCACACAGGAGAGAAACCAUUUAAAACCAUUGUGAUUGUGGGAGAAUUUUCAGUCACAAUUCCAGCCUGGUGAGACACCAGAGAACUCACACAGGA